AUGCCCUGCCCCGCCAAAGCCGCCCGGGACCCCGAAGCGCAGCGGCCGCCCGAGCCCUCCGGCCGCGCCUGCCACCCGCUGCCCUGGGCGCUGAGCGCCGCGCUGCUGCUGCUCUCGGGCACCGGCGCGGCCUUCGUCGCCUGCACCUGGAUCUGGCCCCGGGACCCCGCCGAGCCCCGCCGGGACCCCACGCCCAGCCCGACGCGGCCCGAGGUCCCCGAGGCGCAGCCUGGCCCCUGCGCCCGCCUGGACUCCUCGCAGGGCUUGUUCGUGCAGCUGGUGCUUAAAGAUGUGCAACUGGCCGAAGGACCCCUGAGCUGGUGGAGCAGCCCCGGCAUGGAGGGCGUGUUCCUUUCGCCCGGCCUGCGCUAUGAGGAGGAGCCGCGGCAGCUGGUGGUGCAGGAGAGUGGGCGCUACCACGUCUACUUGCACCUGGAGCUGCAGCGCGUGGUGAUGGUCAGAGAGGAUUCUGCCUCCCGCUCCGGCUCCGUAUCCGCAUCCCUGCAAUUGCAGACACCGGACUUUCAGAAAGAGGCCCUGCCCUUGACCUUGACCUUGCCGCCUCUCUCCUGGGCCAACUCAACAGCUGCUUUCCAGAGUGGCCAGCUGGAUCUGGUCGCCGGCCAGCGCCUGAGCGUUCACCUGAAAGCCUCCGAGCAGAAGGCGUACUCCCACUGGCAGCUCUCCAGGAAGACAGUCUUGGGCCUCUUCCGCGUGACCACCAACGUCCCCCCUGAACGCCUCUCACAGCAGUCCACGUGACACCCCACCAGUUGCUGUCCCCCCCUCACCAAUGGAGACUGAGCCCUGCCUUUCUUCUUUGGGGUCCCCGGUGAUGGGGCACCCCCUACUCUACCUCAUCUAGCUGGGCAGGGGUUCUCGCUGCUGACCGCUCUUGGAGGACUCUCCAGGUCACUAUCACUCCUGCCCCGAGUGGAACUCUUGGUAUUUAUUCUGAGUCUGAGCUCGGACAGUAUUUUAUAUUAAUGCAUUCAACUUAUAUUUAUUGGCAUCUGCUACCGUGCAGGGCUAGAGAAACACCAGCAAACAAAACAGGCCCAAAAAAUCCUUAUUUAUGUUAAUAUAUGAAAAAUAAAGACUCAUCCCCAGCCCCCCCUUUGGGAUUCAUGGGGUUAACUUUUGGGGUCCACCUAACUGCUGUGUGAGUUUCAUUCAUUCAUCCUAACUUUUAUUGAGCAUCUACUGUAUAUCAAAUGCUGUUUUAGAUGUUGGAGACACAGCUGUGAGCAAGACAGACAAAACCACAGUUUUGGGCAAACUGACAGUCUGGCACCGUGGCCAUGACUGUGUGUGGUAGCUGGGCCGUGUGGGAGCGUGUGGGGAGCGUGCGAGAUGGUAUAUGGUCCCGGAUGAUACAAUAUUUAUAAACUUAAUGACUACUUGGUAUUUAUUAUAUGCCAGACAGUGUGAAUUAUCUUUUAGAGACGCAUAACUAUAACUACCCUAUACUUUAGGGAUUUUAUUAUUCCCACUUUACUCUGUGUGCCUCGGGUUAUUUCAUUGUUUCUGUGUGAUGGAAAUACUGCAUCAUGCCAUCCUGCAGGGCAUUGCUUUCCAACUGUGCUCAGUGAUGUCACACUAACGAAUGUUUACACUGCAGGGAUCUGCAGAUAGUUCAGGUCGGGUCUGAGUUUUCCUUUGUUGGGCCUCUUGAGUGAGUGGAGAGAAUGAUGCUAAAUAUGCAGAUUAGACUUUAAAUGUGUCUCGUCAAUAACUGUUACCUGUGAAUAACACACAAGAACUUGAGGAAGUCGUUUAGUGUUUUCAAACCAUUAUCUGAUUUAGUGAAGAAGUUGCUGACAGCAGGCGCAGUGUGGUCAUGCAUGCUUGUUUCAUUUCAUCUUCGUCUUCAAAGCAACACGAUCUGUGUUCACUUGUUUGUCACUUGCAGCCAUGGCUGGACUGGGUACAAGAGUGGGAACCUCAAAGAUGCAUGUUGUGAGCACUAAUGGAGUAUAUAGAAUGU